CACACACAGAUUACGAUCAAGUACUUUUACAUGUUCUUUAGUGAAACAAACCGAAUAAGUGCAUUUCUUAAAUGCAUUAAAAAUAAUAAUUUAAAGUGUAAUUUAAAGUAGAACCUUUAAAUUGCCUUUAUUAAAGUGCUGUGUGCGUCGUAUAUUAGCUGCAAGCAUUUUUCUUAAAGAAUGAUUUUUAGAUUUGGAGUCCACUACGACCGCACAUUUAUUACAAUUAGGCUGACUUAAAAGGGUAUGUUUAACAGUAAUCUUACAGUAAAAACCACAGAUUUCUCCACAAGUCAUAUCAGCUUCCCAAGCAAAGCUGUUGCAAUAAUCCAUUGUUUUUUUAAGUCAAUGGGAAGAUAAUGAUUAAAAGGAGUAAUGCUGAUGAAAAACCUACACGUUGCAUAACUGAGUCAAAGGCCAUCAUAUGAGGAGGAAACGGUGAGAGAAAGAAAGAAGGAAUUUAGUUAACCUUGUAAACACUGAGUGACGGCACGGAAAGACCUAGAAGACGGAAACGAAAAAGUGGAAAAAUGAAGACUGAUAGAUGUAAGAAACUGUCAUGUAAAGAUCAAACUUUGGACCCGGAAAGGCCUGGAAGGACAGAGAGCCUAGAUGUACAAUCCAGUCCUUCAUUGUUGCUGAAUAUUGCCCUUGCACUCCAACAUGUGUUGGUGCUGUCCUCUCUGUGUGCUCUGGUUGUGGAUACACUCAUUCAGGAAGCAGAUAAGGACAGGAUAGUGGCCUCCGUGCUCUUUUACUCGGGUGUAUCUACACUGCUGCAGAGCUGGAUUGGAUCGCGUUUGCCAUUGAUUCUGGCUCCAUCUUUGGACUUUCUGAUCCCUGCCUUGGCUCUGCUUUCUUCUCAGCCAGGGACCGCUGUGGCCUGCAGGGGGCAGUGCACCGACCCGGAGGAGCCUGUGGCCCCAGCACACCCAAUAAGAGAGCUGAGAGGCAUGGCCGUGGUGGCAGGUUUGGUGCAGCUCUCCGUGGGUUCGACCGGUCUGGCUGGCUUUGCACUGGGACAUUGUGGACCAUUAGUUCUGGCUCCUCUCCUCUGCAUCCUGGGCUUUUCCAUCUACAGAGAGGCGGCACUGUUUUGCUCCGACCACUGGGGCAUGGCUGCACUAGCAGUUGUUCUUCUGGUGAUCCUGUCUCAGCACCUGCACUACUUUCUGCGGCUGUCAGUGUUCUCCAUCUGCAAGAGACUUUCUGUUCUUCUGUCAGUGAUGGUGACGUGCGCUGUCUGUGCUGCACUGGUGCACUGGGGACAUGUCCAUCUGAACUCUGUGACCCACAUGCUCUCAGCAAAGAGAAACGCCACCUUCAUUCAGUCCAGGACCGGCCCGCACUCAUCUGACUUUGUCUUUCCUAAUGACUCCGUGCCCUGGCUGGACUUCCCCCUUCCUGAGCCAGCCCUCCCCCUGCUGUCUGGAAGAAGCGUUGCAGCAGGAGUAGCGGGAGGCCUGUCUGCUAGCAUUAGCUCUCCGGCUGUGUACGUGGUGGCAGCUCGGCUCCUGAAGGCUGCUGUGCCUCCAGCACAUGCCUGUAACAGGGGCCUGUGUGUGGACGGGCUGGGGAGUGCGCUCUCUGGCCUGAUGGGGGCGCCGGUAGGACUGUGCAGCAGUGUGCCUAAUGCAUGCGUUAUCGGGCUCAGCCAGUCCGGGUCCCGGAGCACAGUGCAGCUCGCUGGGGUGUUGUUGUUCAUUCUUGGUGUGUCUCCUCAGUUAGCUCAGGUGCUCUGCUCAGUCCCUCUGGCCAUCCAUGGUGCUGUGCUCGGUGUGACCUACACACUUACCGUAGCAACAGGCAUAACGUAUUUCCAGCAUGCAGAUGUUGACUCGGGACGCAACAUUUUUAACAUUGGCUUCACAGUGUUCAUGUCAUUAGCACUGCCACGCUGGUUCAGACUUCACAGUGCGUUUAUACAAACAGGUGUACCCAGUGCUGAUGUUUUUCUCCAGUCUCUUUUAACCUUACCCGUUUUCUUUGUGGGGGUUCUGGCUUUUCUUCUAGAGCACACCGUUUCAGGGACUUUGCCCGAGAGGGGCCUUGUGCGACAUGAAGGCUCAAUGAAGAUUGUGUCUCUGGCCGACCAGCAGCAGGGUUACAGCUGUAGUCCAGACGCAGUGUACGACCCACCUCCACCUGUGAGGAAAGUGCUGGACCUGAGGGUCUUGAGAACCGUCCCGUUGUGUGCCUGCAGAAGCCCCCCUGUUGAAGAGGUGGUAGUGACAGUACCAGAGAUGUCUAGCCUAUUACCUGACAAGGACGCUGGUGUUAGCAGUGGCUGAAUUUUAUUUUCAUUGUUCUUUUUUUGUAUUGAACUUCUGGUUUGCUUUUUAUAAAUGGCCUUAUGUUUUUGAGUAGUACGUUUUUUAUUAAUGCAGUUAUUCUCAACCCUCGAGGGUCCCCAGUUAAUCAACACAAUUUUAGUUUUUUUUUUUGUUAUUUAUUAGAUCAUUUAAUUAGUUUUAUUAAUUUUCAUAAAAUAUUAAUAGUCAUUUGAGGACACUUCAUGGCUCCCAGCCCCCUGCUAGAGGACUACUGAACAGUCAGGUUCUGGAAGUGAAAUCCUAUUCAUUUCAAAUUGAUUUUAAGACAGCUUAAACUUUUAAAGAAGAUCUGUUUUGAGCGUUGAGGUUCUUAAUGGAUGUCUUUUAGGAAUUAGUAGUGGAAAAACUACAUUACGCAUGGUACCUUGCAGAACAAUUCCUCCAGUGAGAGAAUCACAAUAUGAUACUCUGUCCACUGGACAAAUAACAUACUUAAUAUGCUUAAUAUAUAUCUAAAAGAAAUUAAUCAAAUGGUUAAUUGCAUCCAAAAUAAAAGUUUUUGUUAACAUAUGUGUGUGUGCUGUUUUAUAUUUAUUAUGAACAUAUUGAUACACUUCCACACUAUAUAUUUUGUAAAUGUGUACAUGCAUGUACAUUUAUAUAUUGUAUAUUACAUGUAAAUAUAUUUAGUGUCUAAACAUUUUUCUUA